UGUGCUUUCAAUUUGAAAAAUGAUACGAAAUAUCGCUAGGCGUGGUUUACUAAAACAUCAUAUUUUAUUUACAGGAUAAGUCUUUCAUAUAUCUAGCCGGCCUACUACAGGUAAAAUGUGUGCAAUCAAAGCAUUCCAUCUAACCAUAAAUGUUGAAGAACUAUAGCUGUUUACUUUCCCCAGGCACUAAAUUCUAAAUGUUGUUUUCUCUUUCAGUUUUAUUUUAUUAUUAUUUUUAUUUUCAUGUUAUUUCUUUUUCAAGUAUUGCAUUGAAAGGGUUUACCUUUCCUACUUAACACUCUCCAAUUAUAAUGCGGAACGAGAAGAUUCAUUUCAUUCCUACUUAUAGAUGUCGAAGUUGAUUACUCGUCGUCGGAGUGUGACCAAUGCGCCUCCUACAUUAUCAGCAUCUACUGCUCCAGCCAUGAGUGCUCCAUUGAUUAGGGAGCCUACACCCAAUGUUGAGGCUACUUCUACGGCGUCCCAAGUGCCCGUCUCAUUGACGUCAUCAGUGUCCGUUGAGUCGCUCAGUGCACGGCGGCCUCACCGACGCUGCCGCGACCCAGAGCCUUUUGAUCAGACUUCCUUGGCAUCCAGAGUUGAGAGUGAGGCCUCCCAGCCACCAGCUAAAAAAAACACCAGGGGGCCUAGUUGAAUGCUGAAGGAGUUACAGGGCGUACGUCAGAACAACUCCAAGAUCAAGAUUGUGUAUGACCCAUAACAUUGUGGAAUGGCUACCUCACAGCAGCAUAGCGGCGUUGCUAGUAGCUGUGGUGUUGUUAUUCGAGAUAAUUGUCCUUUUCAGCGGGAGUCUUGGGCAAAAAUUCCUGAGGAGACGAAGAUAUUGGUGCGAGACAAGUUGUCGUGCGUUUAUGAUCUUGAGGACAUAUCCCCUGAGGUCAUGGUCUACUUAGAGGAGACCUUAGCAACCCGGUACAAACAAUGGAAGAACAAUUUUCACAAGCAUUUUAAGCAAUGAGAUGAUCCGGAGAUUGCUCGCCUACAUGUUCCAGACGAGUUGAAGGACCGACCAAAGGAUUGGGAGUGGCUCUGCAAACAUUUUACGGACCCAAAAUUUGUGAAGAAAUCUACUGCUAGCCAGAAAGCUCGGGAGUCAAAGACACUUCUCCACCAUUCUGGUUCGCAGCCCUUUUCGUAUAGGCUUGAGGCACGACGUGAGGGUUCUAAGUUCCCAGAGAUCGACAUGUUCAAGGAUGUUUACGUUCGACCUGGUAAUAAGACCACUAAGCAGCUUCAUGUUACUAUGGAGGAAAAGAGCACUGCUGUUCUCCAUGAAGCAGCAUCGCAGCUUCCCCCGAAAACCCCGAUCGAGGACGUCAUGGUACCUGAGGAUGCAGGUUUUCAGAUCAUGACUGAUGUCCUGAAUCAGAACUAUGGUCGUAGUGGUGGCAAUGUUGUUCGGGGUAUGGGGAAAGCGCGGAUUCGUGAGACAGGUACUUCUUCUUCUAGAUCGAACACAACAGAGGUCGAUGCAUUGAAGGUGGAAGUGAUGCAGCUGAGGACUGAGGACGCCCAGAUGAAGGUUCAGCUGAGGGCCCAGGCCAAGGAGCUGAAUACCUAUGUCGGGAGGGUGCAAGAACUUGUACAAGACAUACAGACGUCCGGCCUCCAAAUCUCGUUACCAGUACCUCAUCAUGCUCCACCUUCAACCUCAGAGCCACAUUGCCCUGCCAAUACCGAGUAGCUUGAUAUAUUAAACCUAGUUCACUUGUAGUUUUUUCUUUUUUGUUCGGACAUCUUGUAUGUACAUUUUCAAAUAUUUUAUAAUUAAAUACUUUUGCUUGGUUAA